AUAACAAGUAUAUCAAGUUAUGUUGAAGCCACUUCCCUGCCUUGCAAUAGACACACCAGAUUUGUUUUCUCUCCAGUCUUUCCACCACAGGCGAGCGAGCUUUAAGCCAAACUCUUCUCAAUUGUGAUCUGCAUGUAUCUAAUCAAAUGAUGUGGACUUGGACAGACUGUCUGUGUGUCAAUCUCCUGUUUCUCCUCCAAAGAGCAGGCUCUGAAAGGUUUGAGGUUCUUGGUUCGACUCGUGCCAUUGUUGCUGUGGCUGGUGAUGACAUCAUUCUGCCCUGUUAUAUCAAACCCAACAUCAGUGCUGAGGACAUGAGAGUUGACUGGUUCAGAGUCAACCUCCCAGACCCUCAGUCAAACAUUAGAGUCCAUCUCUAUCAAGACGGCAGAGACAAAUACCAUGAUCAGAUCCUCUCCUACAGGGGAAGGACAUCGCUGUUUAAAGAGGAACUGAAGAAGGGCAACACCUCUUUGAAACUGACCAGGGUACAAGGCACUGAUGAUGGACGUUAUAAAUGUCUUGUUGAGUCUAAGACACAUUUUGAUGAUUCCACCGUUCAAGUCAACGUCAGAGCUAUAGGAUCCAAGCCAGAGGUUUCCAUUGAGGGACAGAAAGGAGGGAUGGGUCUGCUGUGUGUAUCUAAAGGCUGGUUCCCUGAGCCUGAGUUGGAGUGGCUGGACAGUGAAGGGGUCACUCUGUCUGCUGGACCGUCAGAGACAGACAGGAACGAUAAGGGAUUCUACAUAGUCAAACUAAAGAUCCCUGUUAAGGAGACUGACAACCUCUUUACCUGCAGACUGAGACAGAGGCAGCAACAUGAGGUGAUUAAGAUGGAGACAGAGUUUCACAUCCCUAGCGAGCCGAUCCUUGUUCACACAGACACACGGAAAGUGGCCCUUGCAGUGAUUGGCUCUCUGGGCAUUUUCCUUAUGGUCAUAUUAGCUUUCACCAUUUGGCGCUGGAUUGCUUUGUGCAAUGACUAUGAGAUACUUGCUGAUCAGCUGGAUUUAGUAAACAUGAAGGGCUGUCCAGAACUUGAAACCAUCAGAAAACAUGCAGUGGAUGUGACUCUAGAUCCUGAUACAGCACAUCCUAAACUCAUCCUGUUGAAGACAGGAAACAAGUGGAGACGUGGAGACAUAAAACAGGAUCUCCCUGAUAACGCAGAGAGGUUUAAUACUGUUCACUAUGUCCUGGGAAAGGGAGGGCUUCUCCUCAGGGGAGAUUCUACUAUGAGGUUCAGGUGAAUGUUGGGUGGAAUUUAGG